UUUGCUGCUGGCCCGGUAGAAGCGGGCGGGGGGAAGCCGGGAGAGGUGCCUGGGCUGGAAGCGGAGCCCGCUCCGUGGCUUUUCUGAGCGCGCGGCGCGGUGCGGCGCGGCGCGGCGCGAUGCUGUGGCUGGAGCUCUUCCUCGGCGUGGCGUGGCUGGCCGGGCUGGCGUGCGGGCAGAACGAGACGGAGCCCAUCGUGCUGGAGGGCAAGUGCCUGGUGGUGUGCGACUCCAGCCCCACCUCGGACCCCACGGGCACGGCGCUGGGCAUCUCGGUGCGCUCGGGCAGCGCCAAGGUGGCGUUCUCCGCCAUCCGCAGCACCAACCACGAGCCCUCCGAGAUGAGCAACCGGACCAUGCUCAUUUACUUCGACCAGGUGCUAGUGAAUAUCGGAAGCAACUUCGACUCGGAAAGAAGCACUUUUAUCUCGCCCAGGAAAGGGAUUUACAGUUUUAAUUUUCACGUGGUGAAGGUGUACAACAGGCAAACCAUCCAGGUGAGUUUGAUGCUAAAUGGAUGGCCAGUGAUUUCCGCCUUUGCAGGGGACCAAGAUGUGACCCGGGAAGCUGCCAGCAAUGGAGUCCUGAUUCAAAUGGAGAAAGGAGACAGAGUUUAUCUAAAACUGGAGAGAGGAAACUUGAUGGGAGGCUGGAAGUAUUCGACAUUCUCUGGAUUUCUAGUGUUCCCUCUUUAAAUAACUUAUCAUCUGAACAGAGAGAAAGCAGCAAGUCAGAGAAUUUCUUACAAAUUCCCAAAUUGUAGCUGGUUAUGAAAAGCCUUGGACAGCAAACUUUUUACAUUCAAAUAUUAAAGAAGCUAAAUCUUGCUUAGGUUUGUGUACAUCUGCUUUGAACAAUUAUUUUUGUUGUUGCAGCCAACCGAUAGGAGACAUUGUAAUUGAUCAUAUCUCCAUUUAUAUUCCCCUCUUUCCACCCCAAAUUAGUUAAAAUCUGUGUAUCACUGGUGUAAUUUGCCAUCAUUUCCCCAGUGGUUCCCGUAUCACACUAUUAUAUCUUCAGUAUUUACAUUGUUCUUCAUAUUUUGUAGUUUUGUUUUUAAAACAUGUUAUUCUUGACUCUUUAUCUGAGUUUAACAUUAAAAAAGCAAAGUAUUUUUGAGUACAUAGAUGCCACAAAAGAUAAAAUGCAAAUCUUGCUGUAUACUGGCUGACAAAAGUUUAAAGAAAAAGAGAGAAAUUUAUACAUGAAGAACUAUUCACAGCCAAGGCUGACCAGAGUAUUUCAAUAUUUCUAUGUAAUUCUGAGUGAUUGUGGAAUUUAAGGCUGCUAAAUGUUUUGAUGCUUGUUUAGCUCUUGUAAAAUGUGGCCCAACUAAACUCCAGGAAGUAUAUUGAACUUUUACUAUUAUUCUGUAAUAUAUGUGUGAAUAUCGAAAAUUAAUUUUUGCUUUAAUUCAAUAAAGUUUAAAUGGGCUUUUAUUAUUCUUAAACAGAAAAUACGAUCUCUCAAUGGAAUUAUUAGCCCCUGAUCAGGCUUAGAAAAAGUUUAACAAGCUGCAGGCACAAACACUUGUAAUAGUGAUGAUCUGGACAAUAAGUGAAGCAAAAUGUAAUUUUGAAGGUAUCUUGGCUUGUUAAUUUUUUCCCCUUUUGCAAGGGUUAGUCCUGCCUUUUCCCCCACCUCUAGCGCUGUAUCCUCCAUGUGUUACGCGCUAUUUUAAAUUGUAUUAAAAGAGUUAAUUUCAGCAGAUCAUCAACCAAACGCAAUUUAAACUCUGUGGUUCAGAUCGCCCUAGUGGUUAAGUACCCCAAAAACGAGAAAAAUGAAAACCAAACUCAGAAAUCGCUGAGAAGUCGCCCACAGAAUCUUAGAUCUGUAUUGUUUAUACCAUUGUCUGUAUUAUAUUCUAUAAAUCAAAUCUCAUUUUAUACAGCCGUCUAAAAAUCUAACAAUGUAUACUUCAAUGCUAGUAUUAUUUAUUUGCUAGUAUUAUUUUGUUUACAGUCUUUGAAAGAUGUAAAUGCUAUAAUUUUGCAGUACUCAAAGAGAAUACUACUUUUAUUAAAAAGGUACGUAAAGGAUUUUGAUUGUAUCUAAACCUAAUGUGAAAUAAACCAGUGUAAUAAACAAAUGGACCUCUUUUUGACUGGAGGACUAUCCAAGUCAGUUUGAUUCUGUGAUGAGAGGGUGCACAUCUUGGAUAUAAUAAUCAAUAAUAUUAACGCAGGCUACGUUAAAAAUAUAUUUCUCAAGGCCGAGCUGAUAUGGGCUUGGCUGCUACACAGUUAAAAUCGUAGGCUUUUGUUGUUGUUGUUCAACCCUGGGUUUCAGGAAGGAAUUUAAUUAGCUCCUGGGGGGGAAAUUAAUACUAGCAUAAUAAGCAACAAUUUAUUCAGAUUUUUGUCUUGGUAAUAGUUUCAUAGAGCGGGUGGGGACUCUGUAAAACCUUCCUAAAGUCCAGGCGACUCGCUUAUUUUGAGUUUGAUUGUUUUUAUGGAGGUCUUUAAACAACUGACAAAUGUACCUUCUCCUGGUAAGGAGAGCACGUUCGUUUAUACUAGAGAUCCUGCCAAGUAAAACUGA